UUCAAUGCCGAAUUUCGCCGCUUCGCCAUGAAGCACUCCAGCGCCGGCAGCUUCCAGGACUUCUACCGCCUGCUGCAGACGGUGCACCAGAUCCCACAGGUGGACGUGCUCCUGGGCUACACGGACAUUCACGGCGACCUCCUGCCCAUCAACAAUGACGACAACUACCACAAAGCCCUGUCCUCUGCCAACCCCCUCCUCAGGGUCAUCGUCCAGAAGAAGGCAGAGUCUGAUGCCGGCGUCUUCGCCUCGAACUCCUUGCAGCGGAAGAAGAAGGGGCUGCUGCGCCCCACGCACUACCGGACCAAGCCUCACCUCCUCAUCGGCAUGCCCCAGGACUUCCGCCAGAUAUCCUCCAUCAUUGACGUGGACAUCCUGCCCGAGACCCACCGCCGCGUGCGGCUCCACAAGCACGGCUCCGACAAGCCACUGGGCUUCUACAUCCGCGACGGCGUCAGCAUGCGCGUGGCCCCGCAGGGCGUCGAGAAGGUGCCCGGCAUCUUCAUCUCCCGCCUGGUGAAGGGCGGCUUGGCUGAGAGCACGGGGCUGCUGGCGGUGAGUGACGAGAUCCUGGAGGUUAAUGGCAUCGACGUGGCUGGGAAGUCCCUGGACCAGGGGACGGACAUGAUGGUGGCCAACAGCCACAACCUCAUCAUCACUGUCAAGCCAGCCAACCAGCGCAACAACGUCAUCCGCAGCAGCAAGGCUUCGGGCAGCUCGGGCAUGUCCACGGACAGCACCCCCAGCCAGCAGACCCCCAGCCCGGCCUCGCAGUACCUGAGCAACUACAGCACGGCCGAGAGCGAUGAGGAGGGUGACCUGGUCAUUGAGACAAAAGGAGACAGGGCAAAAGGCACAAGCUGCAAAAAGGGAAAUUUUGAUGGGACUUCAGAGGAAAACGUGUUCCCUCUGAGGGUGGCACAGCCUGAAGACAAGAGCCCCAACGAGGUGGUGGUGGCGGCAAUGCCAUCCUUGGAGAUUUUCUAA